AGGAGCGGCUCAUUGUCUCUACCACGCGACUGGAGACUUUACUGGCCGACACAGCAGUGGCCGUGAACCCCGACGACCCCCGCUACGGCCACCUGGUUGGGAGACGGGUGGCGCACCCCAUCAUCAAGGGCAGACAACUCCCCAUCAUCGCUGACUCGUUUGUCGACAAGUCGUUUGGUACCGGCGUGGUCAAAGUGAGCCCCGGCCACGACCCCACGGAUUAUGAAGUGGCGCGGCGGCACGGCCUGGAGGUCAGCGAGUGCCUGGAUGACUCGGGCUGUGUGACCUCCCAGGCGCCACUCGUGGCCGGUCAGAACCGAUUCCUGGCGCGCAGCGAGCUGAGGGAGGCUUUGUGUCUGCUGGGGCUCUACUGUGGUCAACGCGAUCACUCGACGGUCGUACCUGUGUGCAGCAACAUCCACCACAACAACUACCACUACCACGACAACCACUACAUCCAGAAGCACCACCACUACAUCCACGAACACCACGACAGCAUCACCACUACCACGACAACAACCACUACAUCCACGAACAUCACGACAACAUCACCACUACCACGACAACCACUACAUCCAGAAUCACCAGCUGUUUCUCCACCCCACACGUCCCAAGUCCCAGAGCUAUGUAAUUUGAUUGUGUUUUUGCCGCGCGGGCAGGCCACUGGGGCGGUGGUGUGUGCACAGUCAGAGGAGGCGGCACGGAGACAGCUGGCACUGGCCCGCCGAGUGACAGAAGGAGAAGUUGAGAUGACGCAAGUCUAG